AGACCAGUCCUGGAGCAACAGUUUGCGUUUUCCCGUCGCUCGCGAGUCUGGUCUGCCUGUACCCGCCAUGGGCCUGGAGCUCUACCUGGACUUGUUGUCCCAGCCCUGCCGCGCUGUCUAUAUCUUCGCCAAGAAGAACGGCAUCCCCUUCGAGCUGCGCCCUGUGGAGCUGAUCAGAGGCCAGCACCUCAGUGAUGCCUUUGCCCAGGUGAACCCCCUGAAGAAAGUGCCGGCCUUGAGGGACGGGGACUUCACCUUGACUGAGAGUGUGGCCAUCCUGCUCUACCUGACGCGCAAAUAUAAGGUCCCUGACUACUGGUACCCUCAGGACCUGCAGGCCCGAGCCCUUGUGGAUGAGUAUCUGGCAUGGCAGCACACAGCUUUGCGGAGAAACUGCCUCCGGACCCUGUGGCAUAAGGUGAUGUUUCCUGUUUUCAUGGGUGAGCCAGUAUCUCCUCAGAUGCUGGCAGCCACCCUGGCAGAGCUGGAUGUUACUCUGCAGUUGCUUGAGGACAAGUUCCUUCAAAACAAGGCCUUCCUCACUGGACCUCACAUCUCCCUGGCUGAUCUGGUAGCCAUCACAGAGCUGAUGCACCCUGUGGGUGCUGGCUGCCAAGUCUUCGAAGGGCGACCCAAGCUGGCUGCAUGGCGGCAGCGCGUGGAGGCAGCAGUAGGGAAGGACCUUUUCCGCGAGGCCCAUGAGGUCAUUCUGAAGGCCAAGGACUUUCCACCUGCAGAUCCUACUACAAAGCAGAAGCUGAUGCCCAGGGUGCUGGCCAUGAUUCAGUGAUCUUGAAAACCCCACUCCUGUGCUGCCCUCAGCAACUUACAAAGCAUCUUUGUUACCAGUGUCCCAUGGGAAGCAGGCCUAGGAGCAGGAGUAACUUGCCUGAGACUUGCCCGAGUUCAACAGCACCUCAGCCCCCCAGGCCACCACCUCCACCUUGUCUUCCACAGCUGUCUGAAAGCCACAAUGAGAAUGACGCACACCCAAGCCUUGCCUCCCUUAAUCACUGCAUUUCAUUUUAAGUUUGGAUAAUAAAUCUAACUUCCGCCUUAGCCUCUGCUUCCAACUCU